AUUGGUCGGUCGGCAGCGCCCGGUAUCCGGGUAAGAUGGCGGCGGUGGACGAGUGCCUGGCCCCAGCUCGGUGGCGGUCAGUUUCCCUCACACACGUCGAGUACCCCGCAGAUGACUUGACGGGACAGCUGCUUGCCUAUCUGAGCCUCAUUCCUGUUUUCAUUCUCGUCGGCUUCGUCACGCUGAUUGUGUUUAAAAGAGAACUGCACACUAUCACAUUCUUCGGAGGCCUCCUCCUAAAUGAAGGUGUAAACUGGGUGCUAAAGAACAUUAUUCAGGAAACCAGACCGUGUGAAGGUGCUCAUGCCACGGUCACAACAGAAUAUGGGAUGCCUUCCAGUCACGCGCAGUUCAUUUGGUUUUUCUUCUUGUACUCAUUCCUCUUCCUUUAUUUACGAAUGCAUCAAACCAACAACGCCAGAUGUUUGGAGCUCUUGUGGAGACACAUCUUAUCAAUCAGUUUGUUAACUGUGGCCUUGUUCGUCUCCUACAGCAGAGUUUAUCUGUUAUACCAUUCCUGGCGUCAGGUUACAUAUGGAGGAGUAGCAGGCAGCAUCAUGGCGGUUGUCUGGUUCAUCUUCACACAGGAGGUAUUAACUCCUCUGUUCCCGAAGAUUGCAGCCUGGCCAAUUUCAGAGUUCUUUCUCAUCCGGGACACAAGCCUUAUUCCGAACAUCCUGUGGUUUGAAUACACCGUAACACGAGCAGAAGCGAGAAACAGACAACGAAAGCUGGGAACGAAACUGCAGUGAAACUCGAGAAUCACAAACUUGGGGGAAAAAAAGGACCACACACUGGAAAAACUGGACAAGACGGAGAGCGGGUGGGGAGGGAGGGGUGCCGUUGGAGAGGUGGACCAAAGGAAGGAAGUGCUUGGACUGACCGGCAGGCAGCCUGAUGAAGCUGACUGGUGGGGACUGGCGGUGGUUUGUGCAGCUUGCUACCUGCUCCUGAUGCAUGCGAGACUGCGGGACUCGGACUGUCUAACUUAAACACCGUUGUAUUUUAUCCACAAAGGCACGUUUCUGGAAAAAAAGAAAAAAAAAAAGUACUGUAUCCCUCGGAAUUUGGGAGCAAGAAAUGGAGACGCAGGGACGGGGUGAACACUGGGGUGGUUUAAUAGUUUCAUGGCAUGACGUAGGUAGGUAGAUGUGUGUUUACUUCUGUUUUAUCACAAGCGCGCGCACACUCGUACACACGCACACUCACACACUCACACACACACACACGUAUGUACCGUUUCUGUGUGGAGAAGCCGAGUGCCAGACUGUCAUGGGGGCGGGCGGGCAUGGAUGAACUUUUUGUUUUUUUUAAAACUGUGCUUUUUGAGGAGAGUCAAUUCAUUGACCCUUUUUUUAAAAACUGAUUAAAUGUUUAAUAUAAACUAAA